AUGUCUCUUCAGCAGCAGCAGCAGCAGCAGCAGCAGCAGCAGCAGCAGUGUACGUAUAGCCGAGGAGACACUCCACGUAAGCAAAGGGAUCCACGCUAUAAAGAAGAUGUUUGUGUUUGUGGGGUGGAGCUGAGGUGUCUAGACAUUCGUCUCCGUUUGUCUCUGUUGCAAGAAGCAGUGAAGAGCUGGGAUCGACGAUCCCGGUUGCUGCGGCUGCAGGAGACAAAAAAAAAAAAACUGCAGCAGAGACAGAGCCAAGAAGACACCACAACAACACCAACACCAACACCAGCAGCAGCAGCAGCAGCAGCAGCAGCAGCAGCAGCAGCAGCAGGAGCAGGAGGAGACAGUCUCCUGCUGCCUGUGAAGGCCACACAAACACCCCACAAAGGAGACUGGUUGAUUGCCCUGUCUCUUGAGGUGUCUCCGUUGGAGGGGGCCCCAGCUGUCUCCGCAGCAGCAGCAAGAAAGCUGCUGCUGCUGCACUCUCUCCCCCCCCAAAAGGAGACCCUUCAUGUUAUAUGGAGGGGAGCAAAGGCACAGAUUAAAAAUGCUGCUGCUGCUGCUGCUGCUGCUGCUGCUGAUGCAGAUGAAGAGGAACAGCUGCAUGCACCUGCUGCAGCACCAUUUAUUAAACCCACCAAGCCAGGGGGCCCCGUGGGGGGGCCCGUGGGGGGGCCCCCCGGGGGCCCCCUAGGGAAGAGAAAGGAGACAGAAAGCUGGUGGGAGGAGGAGACAGGUUUGGGGUGCAGCAGCAAAGGGAUUGAGAGUAUUGGGGGAGACAGAAAGGAGACAGACACGAAGCGGCUGCUGCUGCAGCUGCCUGUGGGGUGUCUGUCUCCUUUUCGGGUGUAUGUACCCCUGCGUGUGAGGAGAGGAGCAACACCAACUGUCUCCUGUCUCCGUCUGCGGCUGAGAGUUUCUUGCAUGCCAGCAACAGCAGCAGCAGCAGCAGCAGCAGCAGCAGCAGCAGGAGCAGGAGCAGCAGCAGCAGGAGGAGCAGCAGCAGCAGCUGUCUCCUCGUGGUUGCCUCUAGCUGACGGGGUGCUGGGGCUGUGCCAGCAGAAGGUGUUGGGAUCGAUGCAGCUGUCUCCUCCCCUCAAGACAAACCCCACACCUCUUGUCUUUGCGGGGACCGCCAGGAUCGAUGUCUCCGCUGCUGGGAUCGUCUUCUCCCCCGGCCCCACAAAAACCCCACACCUCAGGCCGCUCGAUCCCAACACACACCACGCAGCCAACACCAUACUCCAUAGGAAACACCUGCUGCAGCAGCAGCGGCAGCAGCAGCUGCACCAGCAACACCUACAACUGCAGCAGCAGCAGCAGCAGCAGCUGCAGCAGCAGCAGCAGCAGCAGCAGCAGGAGCAGCAAGCAGAUGUUGAUGAUACUUCUUAUCCCUCCGCCCCACAAGUCUUCCAGCUCGGGGCUCUGGACCCUUCUCUUGCUGCUGCUGCUGCUGCUCCUGCUGCUCCUGCUCCUGCUGCUGCUGCUGCUGCUGCUCCUGCUCCUGCUGCUGCUAGUGGCAGUGUUAUUGACUCUCUUCUCAGCAGUGGUUUUUCUGCUGCUCUCAAACAGAAGCAGCAGCAGCUGCUGCAGCACCAGCAGCUGCAGAAGCAGCAGCUGCAGCAGCAGCAGCUGCAGCAGCUGCACCUGCAGCAGCAGCAGCAGCAGCAGCUGCUGCACCUGCAGCAGCAGCAGCAGCAGCAGCAGCAGCACCUACUAGGAGCAGCAAGGGUCUCACCACCUGUGAAGGUGGUCUUCCGCCUAGGCGCUCUCCAGCAGCAGCAACUGCAGCAACAGCAGCAACAGCAAAAACAGCAGCAACUGCAGCAACAAAAGCUGCUGCUGCUGCAGCAGCAGCAGCUGCUGCAACCCUCAGCCUUCACAUCCCCCGUCAGAGUCGUCUUCCGUCUUGACGCCAAUCCUUAUCAGCAGCAACAGCAGCAGCAGCAGCAGCAGCAACAGCAGCAGCAGCAGCAGCAACAACAACAACAACACCAACAACAGCCGCAACAGCAGCAGCAGCAACAGCAGCAGCAGCAACAGCAGCAGCAGCAACAGCAGCAGCAGCAACAGCAGCAGCAACAGCAGCAGCAGGAUCUCAGCCAAGAGUGUAUUGGAGGUUCUAUGAAGCGGGUUGAAGAGCUGCUGCAGCAGCUGGACCAGGACAACAGCAGCAGCAGCAGCAGCAGCAGCAGCAGCAGCAGCAGCAGCAGCAGCAGCAGCAAGCUGCAAGCAGCAGGGUUAGUGUGGUGCCGCGAUAGGAGACAGUUCCCGCCAACAGUGGAGGCUCUGCUGCAGCAGCUGUCUCCGCUGAAGACGCUCAAAGCAAACAACGUAAAGACACUCACUCUUGUGUCUCUUCGUCCCCUCCCUGCUGCUGCUGCUGCUGCUGCUGCUGCUGCUGCGCCUGCUGCGGCUGCACCUCCUGCUGCUGCUGCUAGUGAUGCUGCUGCUGCACCUGCUGCACCAACUGCACCUGCUACGGGUGCUGCACCUGCUGCUGCUGCUGCAGCACCUGCUGCUGCUGCUGCAGCACCUGCUGCUGCUGCUGCUGCUGGUGCUGGUGGGAGUUGUGGGAUGUAUGUACUGGAGACGAUCCCCAAGAGGGAGUUGGUGGAUCCCUUUGCUUACGUGGAGUGUCUCCUCGGCUAUACGUACACUGCUGCUGCUGCUGCUGCCAGUGCAUGCAGUAUACCACGAUGUGGGGUGUCUCUACAUCCUUCGGGGGUUUCUCCCGCCGCCAGCAGCAAAGCUGCAGCAGCUGCUGCUGUCUCCGUAUUAUAA